CCGGGAGGCCGGGACGAGUGAAAGACAGAGUAGGGCCAGCCCGUUCACAUCUGUUUCUGCCCCUCGUCUCGUCCCCGACCUAGCCGCCAGGGCCGCUGCGCCCACCGCCGUCCGUCGUUCCUGCCGCUCCGCCGCGUUUCCACCCCAACCGCUGCUCUCAACUUCUGCCCUAAGCGAAGAUGCUAAGAGGUAAGCGAAGAGCUAGAGGCUCAAAUGGACAGCAAGAAAAUCGUAAGCGCGUAAAGGAAGUAUCCAGCAUGUUUAGUGAGUGUAAAGCUAUGGUGGAGAACAUUGAACAGAAAAUCUAUUGGAAGAAACUCAGUCAAGCACUUGCUACAAAGUUUUUCGCAAGCAUUGUCUCGCUUGCUUCAUUUGAUGGAGAGAAGCUGCACUAUGAAAGCACAGGCGUAGUUGUUGAAAACAGUUUACGUAAUACAUGUAUUCUUACCUCCUCAGCUUUGGUUAGCACAUCAGAUCCUGAACGCAGGUUCAUCUAUAGACUGAAGAUAAAAGUGCGCCUUCCAAAUAACCAAGUGGUUGAUGGGUGGAUACAACAUUAUGAUUUGCCUUUCAGUAUGGUUGUUGUGGUCACUGGAUAUUCCCCUGAUCUUCGUACAGUAUGUUUCAGUAGCAGCUUGCAAGUCCAGCGCAAUACUCAUUUGUUAGCUCUAAAGCGUUGUUUCAAGUCAGGCAAGUUAAUGCAAACACAUGGGGUACCGAGUGACGACCCAAGUAAAAGUGACAGCAAAGGGUCUAUGUUGUCCACAUGCAAAAUUACUAUGGAUGGAAGUGGUGGUCCACUUGUUGAUGUUGAUGGGAAUAUUGUUGGGAUUAAUGACUACCAUGACCAGGAAGGAACUCCAUAUGUGCAAGGAAAUAAGAUUGAUGAAUGUUUGAGGGUUGUUCGGAUACGUAGGGACGAAGUGCAACGACAUUGCUGGCAAAAUUUUACCAGUGCUUUUAAGCGCCAUUGGGAAGGUAGCUCCAAUGAAAAUGGUUAUAGUGGGGAAAGUGAAAGUAAGAACCAAAAACAAUUUUUAUCUUCUAACCCUGAGCCAGAAGCACUAGAAUUUACUGAGGAUGUACCUACACCAGAGCUCAAUGAAGAUGAGCCCAAUGAAGAGGGUGUGGAGGUCCAAGUGACCAACCCAUCCACAAUUUCCCCAAAAGCCUACAAUGAGCAUAAGCGUACUCUAGUUCCCUGGCCAUCUGAUGGCUUUACAAAGAUGGUAAAUGCUCUCUUAGAUAAAGAUGGUUAUCCCUUACCAGCUUAUGCUGAUCGAGGCAUGCGUUUGGAAGGUCAUUUUGAAGAGGAAUUUGGCAGAGAUAACUUGAGUGAACCUGCUAGAAAAAUUGCUUUAAAGAUGUCUCGGAGUGUUGUUGCACUGGCUUCAUUCAGUCACGAUUUCAAGGAAAGGCAUUUUGCAUGCACAGGUGUAUGCAUAGACUUUGAUGGAUCCACAUCCAACACAAGGGUUCUGACUUCAGCGAGCUUGGUUAGAACUUCUGGUGAUGAAAACAAGCUUUUUGAUGGCUUGAAGAUUAAAGUGUGUCUUGCGAGUAACGAAUGCAUUGAAGGGAACUUAGAGAACUUCAGUUUCUACUACAAUGUUGCCGUUAUCAGCUUCCCAUUUCGCUGUAAUCGUACAGCAAUGUUGGUUGAUGCACCACACACUGAGGUAUUAGCUCUCGGCCGUGUCUUCAAAACAGGCAAUAGUAUGGCAACAGAGGGGUCAGUGAUUAGCAAAGAAUGCAAAAUUGGUUGCAAAGAGCUUAAGAUCUCCACCUGUAAAAUCACCAAGGCUGGAAUUGGGGGGCCCCUUCUUGAUUUGAAGGGGAAUGUUGUUGGCAUGAACUUCUAUGACACAGAAGGAACCCCUUACCUGCCAAGUAAGAUAAUUCUGAAAGUAUUGAGGAGGUUUGAUAAUGCAAAGCGGCCUGUUGCUGCUGGUAUGACAAAGGAGCCUAAUUCUAGUUGGCCGGUGCUGAAGCCAUAUUGGUAUUACCCGAGUGAAAGUAAGAUUGAACCAAAAGGUAGAGUUGUGCGUCACAUAUUAGAUUGACUGCUCCAUCCGAGAUUCUCUGGCCGCUUUCUGGUCUGCUUGGGAGAAAAAGUAGACGUACCCAAAGAAUGGUUUGCUCAUAUUUUAUUCGGACAAACUUGUUCUUAUGUAAUGGCACGAUAGUACUGGUAACUUCGUUAAUGAUCUUUAUGCUUGGACCUC